AAUUUUUAUUACUUAUUUAUAAUAAUUAUUGUUAAUCGGUGAAAAAUAAAAUUAAAAAGUUUAGACGCUAAAACUUAAUAUACAAUAGCUAGUGUACGUUUACGGUUUACACUAUUGUUCGUCUUAUACGUGAAAACAGCAAAUACAUCAAUUGCAAUCUCAGUAAAUAAUAUAAAAAAAUGGUUCGUAAACUUAAAUUUCAUGAGAAGAAGUUGUUGAAAAAAGUAGAUUUUAUAUCAUGGAAAGUUGAUAAUAAUCUUAGCGAAGUAAAAGUUAUGAAGAAAUACUUCAUUCAAAAAAGAGAAGACUAUACAAAAUAUAAUAAAUUAUCAAGAGAAAUAAGAGAACUAGCAAAUAAAAUUAAAGACAUAGAUGCUAACUUGGACUUCAGGACAGAAUCGAGUGCACAAUUACUUGAGAAGUUGUACCAGAUUGGUUUGAUUCCAACUAGGUGGGAUUUGGCUUUAGCCACGAAUGUAUCAGCCAGCUCUUUUUGUAGACGCAGGUUGCCUGUUGUUAUGGUCAGAAGCAAAAUGGCGCAAUCAAUAAAAGAAGCAACAAAGUUCAUAGAGCAAGGACAUGUCAGAGUUGGCCCUGAAGUUGUGAAGGACCCAGCUUUCCUUGUGAAUAGAUCACUGGAAGAUUUUGUGACCUGGGUCGAUGGAUCGGCUAUCAAGAAACAUGUCAUGGAAUACAAUGAAAUGAGAGAUGACUUUGAAAUGGUUUGAAGACGGUAAUAGUGUUAAGCUGUAAUUUGUAAA